UCACGGGUUAUAGAAACCUUACAACUCCUCCCUCCUACGCAAGUUGACUGAUCACAUGACCACGAUAGUCAUUCCUCUCAUUGGUGGCUGAAGAAGCAGCAGACCAGAUUUCACUUCUUAUUGGUUAAACAAGUGGGUGUGUUUACAGGCAGAAGUUCUAGAGGAAGCGACCUAGUGAAGAAGAUAUAUAAAUGCAAAAAAAAACAAGGACAGAGCAUGUAGGACCCCCUUAAUGAUAAUGGAGAGGUUGUCACAGGCGAUAAAGAGAAAGCAGAGCUACUGAAUGGGUUCUUUAGUUCUGUAUAUACUAAGGAAGAAGGAGCUGACAUUGGACAGGUCUAGAAGGAUGGUGGGAUAUGACCCUGGCUCAGAGGGAUACCAUCUUUCUACAACUGAAGUGGCUGUUGCAGGAUCCCUUUCUGGACUGGUUACUAGAGCAUUUAUAAGCCCUCUGGAUGUCAUUAAAAUACGCUUUCAGCUUCAAAUUGAAGAUCCAAAUGGACAUGACAAAUCGGGCAAGUACAGAGGAAUUCUCCAAGCUGUAAGAUUAAUUCUGAAAGAGGAAGGUUUGGCUGGAUUCUGGAAGGGACACAUUCCAGCACAGCUCUUGUCUGUGUGUUACGGGGCUGUACAGUUUGUGAGCUUUGAAGCAUUAACUAAAACAGUUCAUACUUCCACAUCUCUUGAUGCUUGUGCUCCAGCAGUGCACUUUUUGUGUGGGGGACUGGCUGCCUGCUCAGCAACACUGGCCGUGCAGCCUCUGGAUACCCUGAGGACACGUUUUGCUGCCCAAGGGGAGCCCAAGGUGUAUAAGACUUUGCGCCAGGCCAUUGUUACGAUGUAUACAACAGAAGGUGCAUUCACAUUCUAUCGUGGCCUGUGUCCCACAUUAUUGGCAGUAUUCCCAUAUGCUGGUCUUCAGUUCUCCUCCUUCAACUUGUUGCAGAGAAUCUGGAGUUGGCUGUUUCCAAGUAACCAUAAUCAAAGAGAUAACCUGAAAAGCCUUCUGUGCGGCAGCGGAGCUGGAGUUAUUAGUAAAACUGUUACAUAUCCACUUGACCUUUUCAAAAAAAGACUUCAGGUUGGCGGGUUUGAGCAGGCAAGGGCAGCCUUUGGAGAGGUCAGAACAUACCAGGGCCUUGUGGACUGUGCUUGUCGUAUGCAAAAAGAAGAAGGUUUCAAGGGCCUUUUUAAAGGACUCUCUCCUAGUUUGAUGAAAGCUGCUGUUUCAACUGGACUCACAUUCUUCUGCUAUGAGAUGUUCUGCAGUAUGUUUUGGAGUAUAAAAAAAAACAAAAGUUUCUCAAAAAAGGAAUACUUAGGGGAUGUGAGGCAACCAUGACCAAAGCCCUCUUAUCUUUUCCACCACAAAGUCGCUUUGUUUUACCUCAUGUGCUGUACAAGUUCAAAUAUAUAUAGUAUUUUUUAUCCAUGAAUAACCAGGUUGACCUCAUUGAGUUGUGUCUGAUGAGAGAGUUUGUACAAUGUAGGUUUAAAUUAAAUUAUAAGGUGUACGCUGUUAUAUUAUUGGGGAAUUUAAGCCAUUUAACACAUUGGUUCUACACCUUUUUGGUGACUGUACCCCAAUAGGCUGAAAGUAUGUCUGCGGGUACCCCGUCACGUGGAACUUGCACGCGAGGGGUACCCGCGGACAAAAGGCGUGUUCUUACCUUUUAUACUAAUGCAUCCCCCCCUCUCCAUCUUAAUCCUCUAUGUGCUAUUAUUGCACAAGGGGAUUAAGAUGGAGGAGGGAAUAAUUGCAGAAGGGGAUUAAGAUGGAGGAGGGAAUAAUAGCACAAGGGGAU